GGUGGAGGCGACAGAGGUGGAUCUGAACAUGCGUGUGGGUCUGCACACAGGACGGGUGCUGUGUGGCGUGCUUGGCCUCAGGAAAUGGCAGUAUGACGUCUGGUCAAACGAUGUCACACUGGCAAAUGUGAUGGAGGCCGGAGGGCUGCCUGGCAAGGUGCACAUCACAAGGACCACCCUGGAGUGUCUGAACGGAGACUACGAGGUGGAACCGGGCUUUGGCCACGAGAGACAUGCAUUUCUACAGAAGCAUCACAUAGAGACAUUCUUCAUCGUGCCAUCACACAGACGCAAAAUCUUCCCUGGUCUUAUUUUAUCAGACAUCAAACCAGCCAAGAGGAUGAAGUUUAAGACGGUGUGCUACCUGCUGGUGCAGCUCAUGCACUGUAGAAAGAUGUUCAAGGCUGAGAUCCCCUUCUCUAACGUCAUGACCUGCGAGGAUGACGACAAGGUAUGUGACGUGCUGAAGCAAACAGCUGUGUGUCCUUGCUUGCAUGCAUGUGUUUACCAGUACUGUACAAAGUAGAUAUGAACAUUUCUG